UGACACAGUUCAAAUUAUGUCAAAAUUAACGAACGAACAACAACAAGAGGAAUUUCAAGAGGCGUUCAAUCUCUUUGACGACUUGGGUGACGGCAAAAUUCAUCACAAGCAAAUUGGCGAAUGUCUUCGUGCACUGGGUUUGAAUCCAACGGAAGCGGAUGUCAAAAAAGUCAUCGAGCAGUUCAAAGAUGACGAUCGCAUUUCGUACGAAACAUUUUUGCCCAUUUACGAGGCUUUGAGCAAGAAAAAGAGCAAAUGUACGCAAGAUGAGUUCGUUGAGGAGUUGAAGCAAUUUGACAGAGACGGAAGCGGCGCAAUUGGAUUCGUGGAGUUGAAGCAUCAUUUGAUGUCGAUGGGGGACAAAUUGACGGAUGAAGAGGCGGAUCAACUGCUGACGGGACUCGAAGAUGCCGAAGGAAUGAUUAAUUAUGAGAAUUUCGUUAAAAUGGUUAUGAGUGGUUGACGACUUAAGCUGACACUUAAAAGACUUAAGAAUUUAAAAAUAAAGAAAAAAAAAUUUUUGACUUAAAUUUAAACAUAAGACUUAAUCUUU